AUGUCGGAACUUAAACCUGAUUCACUCGAAGCAUUGGAACGUCUUAUAUCUGAACAAACUUCUUAUAUCGAUGAAGUUGACAAACAAAUAGCUAAAUGGACACAAUUUGAAAAUGAUUAUCGACAAUUACAUACACGUCUUUCAACAUUACCUGAUCGUUUAACAUAUGAUUGUAUGGUACCAUUUGGUAAAUUAGCUUUUAUACCGGGUCGUAUUAUACAUUCGAAUGAAAUUCUUGUCCUAUUGGGUGAUAAUUAUUUUGUUGAACGUACAUGUAAACAAUCUAUUGAUAUUGUGAAUCGACGUAUGGGCAAUAUUAAAGAAAAUAUUGAAAAACAUCAUAAAGAAAAAGAAGUAUUUAAUCAACAAAAAAAAUAUACACAUGAUUUUCUUGAUGAUCGAAAAAGUUUUUUUGAAAUUAAAGAAACCGAUAAUGAUGAUAAUACGACUAUCACUAAACAAGCAAUAAAACCAACAAAUCGGCGUGCUAAAUUAACCGACGAAGAAAUUCGUGAAGAACGACGUCGAUUACAAGAACGUGCAACAAAAAUAACUGAAACUAAACCUAAACGUGUACGGUUUGAUGAUGAAAAAAUGGAUGUCGAUAGUGAUAAUGAUGAUUUACCAAAUGAACAAUUUCGAAAAAUCUUCAUUCAUCAUACGAAAACCGAUUUUCAACCUAUCGGUGAUUCAUCACCAGCACUUUUUUCACAUCCAGGUGCUAUUGGUGUUAUUAAUAAUUCACCAGUAGCAACAUUCACUGAAACGGUUGAACCACCGAAACGAAUAUCAAAAUUUAAAGCUUCUCGUCAACAACAACAAUAA